AUGUCAAUACAAGUAGACUCAACCAUUGUUACAGCACCGACUGAAAAAGACAAAAAAAAGACAAUUUGUGGAGCUUGCACAAGUGAUUUAGAACCUGAUGACUCUGGUAUACAAUGUGUACAAGGGCAUUAUUUUUGUACACAAUGUUCAACUAAUAUUGUUCGUUUAUUUUUUUCUGAACCACAUAAUUAUAUACCUUUACGUUGUUUAAUAUGUCGUAUUGAAUUAAAUCCUAGUGUAUUUGAACGACAAUUAACACCAGAACAAAUUGAAUUUUAUACUCAACAUAUGCUUAUAUUUGCUUGGUCAAAAGAUUUUCUUGACAAAGAUGAACGUUUAGAUCAUUGUCCAUUUUGUACAUUUGCUGCUAUACGUAAUAUAAAUGCUUCACAUAUUUUUCAUUGUCAACAUGAACAAUGUCUUAAAGUUUCAUGUUUAAUAUGUCGAAAAGUUUGUCCAAAAUUUCAAAGUGAUUAUGGUACUGAUGAAGAACUAGCUGAAAUGGAUAAACAUUUUAAAUGUGCUGAAUUAGCUGAUGAUAAACACAUAGUUGAUGAAUAUUUAGAAUCAGGUCAAAAAAUUGCUUGUCCAAAAUGUGGUUUAGCUGGUAUGAAAGAUGAUGCUUGCACACAUAUGACUUGUCCGACAUGUGCACAAUUAUGGUGUUAUUUUUGUGGAAAAAAAGUUGAAGAUUGUGAAAAAGCACGAGAUGGAACUAAUGGUAUAUUUGAUCAUAAUCAUAAUUGGGAUUGUAAUCCUAAUCGAUGUCCAAUGUAUUUAACUCAAGUAUGUGACAUUGAUGAUCGAUGGCCUGAUGAUGAAGAACAAUGUUUAGUUAUGUUUCAUCGUAAUCGUUCAUUACGUUUAUUACGUGAAGUAUAUGAAAAACUUGGUAAAGAACGUAUUGAUGAACUUGAUCGUCAUUUUAAUAUAAUUAGUACAUGUGGUUUUACAAUGGAAGAAAUUUUCGAUGAAGACCUUACGCUAAUUAAAUAUCCAGAUAAUAUUGAUACGCGACGUGAUGAUUAA